UCCUCAGCACUCACUCAGCAAUCAGCACAACACCACCCUCUCCGUCCAUCUCUGUGUCUGGUGUCCACUGUACGGAUCUCUUUCUUUUAUUUUUCUUCUUUUUCCCCGAUGGAGAUUCGGAUCCUUUUUCUUUUUCAGAUUGCUAAUAUCGUUAUUAUUAUAAUACGAUCACAUGUGCUUUUCAAUAAAAUAAUACUAAUUUCAACAAUUUUAGGGAUUUUUAAGAUUUCCUUUUAACACGGGUUGAAUUUAGGUCAUGCACAAUCCAAACCUGAGUUUUUGUGAACCAAAGACUGGAAAACAAAGUGUUGUCAUGUUUCAUUAUUUAAAAAUAAUAAAUAAAAACAAUUUGGGUACUUUUUCUACCCUAGCAAGCCAAGUCAUUAUCCACAGGACUAAAAUUUGCUCACAUGUUACUGCUUGAUUGUCUUCUGUCAUCACCCUUUUUUUUGUUGUUAUGAAAAAAUAGAAAGAAAUAAAACAGACCCACAUCCCCCUUUUUUAUGGGCACAAAAGACCCACAUUUACUCUUUACAUAAAUAAAUAAAAUAAAGAAAUAAAGCAUCUUUUCUCUGUUUCUCAGUCUGACCGUUAAAUGUAAGUUUCCUUAUCUAAAACUGUACAACUCUGAGCAAACAACGCACAGUUUUUUCAGAUCAUCCAUGGAGACCAUUCGAUCAACCUUCCCAAUUUUCCAAACCAACCCAGUUUUCCUCACUCCCAGGCCUCUUAAACCCUUCAAGGUUUCCAUCAAACCUCCACCACCAGACUUCAAUUUCAGGUCAGAAAUUUCAGACCACUCAAAAGACACAAUAGCCAAAACUCACCCUGAGUUGCUUGAUUUGGCUGAAAAUGGGACCUUGUUCUUCAUCGAAAAGAGCCGGUUCGGUCCAGUUCCGGCCUGGAGGACCGAGUUCGUCGAACCGGAGGCCAUCUGGUUAGUUGGCACCACUCAUAUUUCUCAAGACUCUGCUCUGGAGGUUGAGCGCGUUGUCCGGGCAGUGAAGCCAGACAAUGUGGUGGUUGAGCUCUGCAGAAGCAGAGCUGGGAUUAUGUAUGCUAAUGCCUCCAUGGAUGGUGAGGCAGGCCAACAAUUAAGGUCAAAUAUGUUCUCUUUGACUGGAACUGGGUUUUUUGGCGCCGUUGGUCGGAGCAUAAACUUAGGGGGUCAAACUGCUCUGGCAUUACGAGUACUUUUGGCGGUUUUCUCAUCAAAGAUCUCGUCAGAUACCAAUCGUCCUUUUGGUGAUGAGUUCCGUGCUGCUCGAAAGGUCUCUGAAGAAGUUGGUGCUCAAAUAGUUCUGGGGGACCGGCCGAUUGAAAUUACUCUUGAAAGGGCUUGGAAUUCUCUGAAUUGGACAGAGAAACUGAGCUUGGUGGCCUCAGUUGUUCGUGGGAUAACCUCACCAUCUGAUAUGUCCCAAAAGAAUCUCAAGGAAUCAAGUGCAAGUGAUGAUGGCACAUUUCAGCUUUAUGAGCAGCUAAGUUCUUCAUAUCCUUCACUCCUCCAGCCUCUGAUACAUGAACGAGACACUUACCUUGCAUGGUCUCUAAAGAGGAGCAAAGCUGUGAAUAAGAGUAAGAGAGUGGUGGGGGUUAUUGGAAAGGGACACAUGAAUGGUGUAAUAUAUGCAUUGCUAGCUGACCUGGGAGAUCUGCGGUUUAGGGACCUUGUAGGACAGAGGCCUUCAAGUCAAGGUACUGAUGCUAGUUCUAAUGGCAGAUGGGUUGUCAAAUUGGUCCAGGAUUUGGUCAGAGACACUGUCAUUGGCACCCUCCUGUGGGCAUUAUAUGAGCAGAUAAAAGGUGGGUUAUAGAGUAGAGUAGAUUUGAAAUCUCAAAUGGCUGAAAAUACAGUCUUUCUUUUUGUAUACAAAUUUGCACAGUUGCUCAGAGGCACCUCAAAAAAAUUACAGCUGGUACUUUACUUUGUUGUUAA